AUGCGCUCAUUUACCGCCAUUGCUGCUGCCCUCCUGGUAGUCGGAGUUCAAGCUGCUCCUACCCUCGAGAGCCGCCAGAUCAUCUACGGGUGCUACUUCACCGGCGAUGGCAUCGUCAACCAGUACGUCAGCGUUGGCCACGAUAUUGACGUCACUGGUGCUACCGACAAGACUUGGACCCUUGAUUGCGGCACCACCUCAGAACAGCUUGUCCCGAACGUCUUCGCCAAGUGCACCGUCAAUGGAAAGCAGCCUUUCAAUGUUACUGCCAAUGCGAAUGACAAGAACGCCAUCAACUGCCCCAUUUAUUAA